UCUGGGCCAUAUAGACCCGGACUGGACAGCGCGCAUGAGUGUUUAAAGAGACUCACAGGCUGACUGAACAAACUGUUCCGGUGUAAAAGAGUUUGAUUUAUAUCUGUAUAUUCCGUUUGUGAUUUUAUUUUAUUUUAUUUCACUGAUCAUGGAAAAAGAAACCGAGAGGAACAUGAUGACGAAGUUCUGGAAGGAACAUUCCAAGUUCGCAACAGUAGAGGAGAUGAUGCUGGAUUCAAACGCUCAGGAACUGACCCAACACGAGCUGCCAGAGAUUCUCUCCCUGCUCCCUUCUCUGGCUGCUUCUGAUGUACUGGAACUUGGUGCUGGAAUUGGUCGGUACACACGUCACCUCAUUGGCAAGGCCCGUCACGUGACCGCUGUGGACUUCAUGGAGAAGUUUGUGGAAAAGAACAGAAAGGACAACAGUCACCUGGGCAACACUGAGUUCAUCCAAGCUGAUGUCACAAAGCUGGACUUCCCUAAACACAGUUUUGAUGUGGUCUUCUCUAAUUGGCUGUUGAUGUAUCUGAGUGAUCAGGAGCUGAAAUCAUUGGCUGAGAAGCUCCUCAUGUGGCUCCGCCCAGGUGGCUACCUGUUCUUCAGAGAGUCCUGCUUUCACCAGUCAGGUGACUGCAAGCGGGAUUUUAACCCCACACUCUACAGAAGUCCUGCUUACUACAACCACCUGAUGACGUCAGUCCUGCAGGACGAAUCAGAGAAGACGGAGAAGAAAUGCUACGGGUUUGACAUGGUGGUCAAUAAGACAGUUCAGACCUAUGUGAAGGUGAAGAACAACCAGAACCAGUUGUGCUGGCUCAUGCAGAAAGUUCGUCGUGAUGUGGUUCAGCAGCAUCAAGGCGGCUUUUCCACGUUCCAGGAGUUUCUAGAUAACCAGCAGUACACCAGAAGAGGAAUCUUACGUUACGAGAAGAUGUUCGGAUCAGGAUACGUCAGUACAGGCGGAAUCAGCACGACCAAGGUCAGGGAUGCAGAAUACAUAGGGUCGUACAUCUUCAGAGGUGCCAUGGCUUCCCUACAUGCCUCUGAUGGUCACGGCGAGUGCCUGGGGAAAUCCCAUGCUGAGGAUGCACUCCUUUACGAUUUUCCCCCGAUAGCCCUGAUCCCGCAGUUGGUCUUCUCCAUCUGGUGCACGACCCGCGGCAAAGACCCAGCUUCCUGUGACAUAUCUCGGAUAUUGUCCUUCCUGCAAGAGCUGUUUGACAAGGGCCGUUCCCCUUCCACGCUCAAGGUCUAUGUAGCAGCCAUAGCAGCCUAUCACGCUCCUGUAGCCGGCCAAUCGGUGGGCAGGAACAACCUGGUUGUUCGCUUCUUAAAGGGGUCUAGAAGGCUUAACCCGCCUCGCCCCGCCACAGUCCCUACAUGGGAUCUGUCCACACGGAUGGAAGAUCUGCAGGCGCUCUCUGUGAGCCCCUCUUGCCUUGAAUUCGGGCCCAACAACUCUAAGGUCGUCCUGAAACCAAGGCUCAGGUACAUACCUAAGGUGCUCUCCACUACGUUCAGAGCCCAGGUGAUAACUCUAUCGACACUUCCUCCCUCGGAGGAUGACCAGGAGUUGAAUUUACUCUGCCCCGUCAGGACAUUAAGGAUCUAUAUCAAGCAUUCCGCCCCAAUCAGGCAGUCGGAACAACUCUUUAUAUGCUUUGGUGGCCGCACCAAGGGGUUUCCGGUCACUAAGCAGAGACUCUCCAGAUGGAUAGUUGACGCUAUUGAGCUAGCAUACUCCUCUUUUGGCCUACACUGCCCCAUGGGAGUAAGAGCCCAUUUGACUAGAGGUAUGGCCUCGUCUUGGGCUUGGUCUAGCGGUGUGUCCAUUGCAGAGAUCUGUGCGGUGGCUGGCUGGGCCUCGCCGUCCACAUUUGCCAGGUUCUAUAAUCUGGACGUCCGCAUUUCUGGGCUCAGUCUUGCCUUAGGGCAAACCAGUACUUAUGCUUUGCCACCCUACGCUCUUGGCCCUCACCGAGUGCCGAGGCUACUGUCUGACCUCCCUCUGCAGGUGCAGUUUGAGGUGUCAGAUGCCACAAAAAGAAAGUUUCCUGACAGCACCUUUGAUGUGGUUUACAGCAGAGACACAAUUCUGCACAUCAGGGACAAACUUGACCUCUUCAGAAAGUUUUAUUCAUGGCUGAAGCCGGGUGGGAAACUUCUUAUCAGUGACUACUGCUGUGGAGAGAAGCCUUGGUCUCCCGCGUUUCAGGAUUACGUUAAUCAGCGGGGAUAUAUACUCUACACACCUCAGAGAUAUGGACAAUUCCUGAGCGAGGUGGGAUUCAGUAAUGUUCGCGCUGAAGACAGAACAGAGCAAUUUAUUCAGGUCAUAAAGGCUGAACUGCAGAGAGCUGGGGAGAUGAAAGAGGAGUUUAUACAGGAGUUCUCUCAGGAAGACUAUGAUGCCGUUGUAAAUGGAUGGACAAAAAAACUGCAGCGCUGUGAGACUGGAGACCAACGCUGGGGGCUUUUCUAUGCCACCAAAGAAUGAGAGAGAACAACAAACCAACUAAUGAUCAAAUUCAAAUCAAUAUAUUUCAGAUGCUAUAUAAAACUCACUGUUCUAAUUCUGUGAAUUGCACAACAGUACAGAAAGAUUUGAGUACUUUCAGAGCUGUAAGGCUGACAUACUGUUAUGCAGCAUAAAUUAAUAAAAU